AUGUUCUCUUUUUUGUUAGCCAUGGAAUCAGGGCCAAUUGAAGUAGCAGCCCUAGGAAGACCUCUGUAUCCUGGAAUGCUUUAUGACUGCCGCAUGGAUUCCUUCAUUCCAGGUGUUACUCUGUGGAAUAAGAAAUCCUUGAGCGAAGAUUUGGACACACGUCCGCAGCUCCUGACAGAUUUGAAGUUCAGUAGCUCUGAUUCUCUCUCUAGUAAGUCUGGUCUCCUGGAUGUAAGUGCUUCCCUGAAAGCCAGCUUCAUGGGGGGGCUGGUGGAGGUGGGAGGAUCUGCCAAGUAUCUGCAUGACACCAAAUCCUCAAACCAGCAGUCCAGAGUAACAAUGUAUUACAAAGAAACCUCCAGUUUUGAACAGCUCACUAUGACCCAGCUGGGCCAGAUCACCUACCCUCAGGUAUUUGACCAGAAAACAGCAACUCAUGUGGUCACGGCUGUGCUGUACGGAGCUCAGGCCUUCAUGGUGUUUGAUCGGACAUUUUCCAAAGACCAAAACAAGCAGGAGAUUGAGGGAGAACUGAAUGUCAUGGUCAAGAAGAUCCCUGCAUUUUCAAUUGAAGGAAAAGGAGAUGUACAAAUGACAGAGGGUGAAAAGAAAAGGGCUAACAAUAUUAGCUGUACAUUUCAUGGUGACUUCCAUCUUGAGCAGAACCCCACCACAUACAUGGAGGCCCUGAAUUUGUUCGAGCAGCUUCCCACUCUGCUAAAGAAGAAUAAACAGAAUGGGGUUCCCAUAAAAGUCUGGCUGUAUCCUCUUCAUUUAUUGGAUAACAAAGCAGCUCCGUUGAAGAGAGAAAUCUGCACAAGUUUGGUUUCCAUCACUGAAGAUAUAAUUGAGGGCCUGGGAGAAGCAGAGAGGACAUGCAAAGACCUGUCCAGAAGUGCAAUGGAAAAUUCUUUCAGUGAUAUCAAAGAGAGGCUGCUCUCAUUUCAGGCCUCAUUUAGCACUUACAAGAUCAUGUUCAUGAAAGCAGUGGCAAAGGUCUUGCCUGGCAUUCGAGAAGGACAGAUGGAGGAGAAAUCACUGAAAGACAUCUUGGAAAUCCACAGAAGCUCCCCUUUUAAUGAAGGCAUGCUUAACCAGUGGUUAGAUGAUGCAAAGUCUGAACUUCACCUCUUGAGUUUUCAAACCAACAAGCUGAAGGGGAUCACAAUUAAAGACUCGGAUGGUCUCAACGCCAUCCUCCUUGAUCCUGAUAUUGAUGAUGUGGUGUGCUUGACUUUCACAUCUCUGAAGUAUGAAGACCCGUAUCUUUUAACACUUAAGGAAUACCUGAAUUCUGACAAGUUUCAAGAGCAAGAUGGGCAGGGGGAAAUGUUUUCUAUGGCACCUUUCAAAAAAUGGUUCAAUGAUUCUGAUAUCAUAGUAAAGAUGAGAGAGAACGUAUGUCAUUUCAGGCAUUUGUCAGAGAGCAAUACAGAUGCAAAGAGAAUCUGCUUCGUUAUUUCUGCCAUUUCUGAUCCCUCCAGUCAAGGCUCCUCCAUCUAUCUUUAUGAAAAAGGGAAACUGACAUGCAAACAGGUAAAUUUUAUGUCACUGCCACCACCGAUAGUGAAGGUUGUCUUGGACAAAUCCGUGUCCCUGAAACUGUGGAAGUCCCCAGAUGAAGAAAAAGUGCAGUACAGAGUGGAGUACAAGCAGGUAAAAGCAGGUUCUGGAGCUGAGGAACAGUGGCUUGUCAAAAACACAGCUUAUGAAGACUACACUCUGACUGGAUUGGAGCCUGGAAAGCAGUACUUGAUCCGCUACAAGACAGUGCACAGAAAGGGAAUGAGUCGAGCCAGUGAUACUGUCAACAUUGUAUCUUCUUCAGUUCCUUUCUCAGAACAACCUGUGAUUGUGGGUGGGACAGGAGGAAAUGAAUUCUUCUUUAAUACUCCUUCCAGCAGCACUUUUGAGAGGAUCAUCUUUACUUUAAAUCAAGAAACACUGAGAACAAUCCAGGUGACCUUCAAAGGCGGCCACAAGAUUGAAGUUGGCGCUCUAAAAGGAACUUCCCAGCAUGAAUUUCUAUUUGACCACAAUGAUAAAAUUGUUGCUGCAACACUGUGGCCAAAUAAGAAUCAGAACAGAUGUGGAGGUUUGGAAUUUGUGGUUGCCAAAAGCAAUGGUAAGAGAACAACAUUAUCUGUCAAGUGUCCACAGCUGGGUAUGCCUGUCAAGGUUGAUGUGAAGUCUGGAAAGUGUUACGGCAUUGCGGGGAGGAGCGGAGAUGAAAUUGAUGCUCUGGGCUUCUACUUCAUUUAGCCUCCAUCUCUCUCUAUAUAUAUAUAUAUAUAUAUAUAUUAUAUACACACACAUAUUAUAUAUAUAUAUAUAUAUAUAUAUAUAUAUAUAUCUGUUGCUGACAGUAUUUUUGAAUAUCUGAGCGUCUAACAUCUAAACAGCCAAUCAUAUAUGCAUGUAUAAGUUAGUAUACUGUGGUAGAAAAAAAAAAUCAUAAAAGAAAUAAAAAGAAAAUAAAGGAUAUAAAAUUAGGGAAGUUGUUGUAAUAAGGGUGAAUAUAGACUCAGAAAAGUCUUUGGAACAUUAUUUUUGUCAAGUGUGAUUUCUGCUUCAAUAAAAUAUGAAUGUGUUUGCUGCAGUAAAUAUAUCAAGAUGCCCUGAAUAUUCACAAAGUUUAUGAGAAGGUUAUGAGAAGAUUUGAAAAUAGUAAAAGACACAUAUAGCAAGGACGACUUUAAACAGAUAUGUCACUUAUGCAUUUUUGUACACCAUGUUAUCAUGUAAUCUAGACUUUAGAAUGAUUAAUCCUGUGAAAGACAAUUUUUUUUGCAUUGCAUUUUGCAAUAAUUUUGCAUUGUUGAAUGUAACCAGUCAGAGAUUGUAUUGUGUAAAUUUACUAACCCUUGCAUCAUUUACAAAGUAUAAAUAUGUAUGUAUUCUUUUGUUCGGCGAGUCUCUCUUAGUAAAUGAAACCAGAGAACUCUCGGCCACUAAAUAAACUUUUGUUCCUG